AUGCUUUCUACACAAACCCGUACCAUUGUCAAGGCCACAGUCCCCGUUUUAGAGGAAAAUGGUGUUACAAUCACCAAGCUGUUCUACAAGAACAUGUUGGGAAGCCAUAAGGAACUAUUGAAUAUUUUCAACAGAGUCAACCAAGCCAAGGGGGCUCAACCAACUGCUUUGGCUACAACUGUUUUAGCAGCAGCCAAACAAAUUGAUGACUUGUCUGUUCUACUACCUCACGUUGAACAAAUUGGUCACAAGCACAGAGCUUUGCAAAUCAUGCCAGAACAUUAUCCUAUUGUUGGUGAAAACCUUCUAAAUGCUAUCAAACAAGUUUUGGGUGAUGCUGCUACGCCAGAAAUUAUCAACGCGUGGGCCGAAGCUUACAGCGCUAUUGCCGAUAUUUUCAUUAGUGUUGAAAAGAAAAUGUACGAUGAAGCUGUUUGGCCUAGCUGGCAACCAUUUGAAGUUGUUUCACGUGAACAAGUUGGUUCUGAAAUCGUUGAAUUUACCGUUAAGCCAAAGCCAGCUUCCGGUAUUGAUCUGGAUAGGCUUCCUAUCAUUGCAGGACAAUAUUUAACUGUUAAAACACACCCAAGUAGACAUCAGAACCAGUAUGAUGCAUUGCGUCAUUACUCUAUCUGUUCAGCUUCUACUAAGGAUGGUUUGAGAUUUGCUGUAAAGUUGGAGACCGAAAAGGACAAGCCAAAUGGUUUGGUUUCUGAAUACUUGCACAAAGAUGUUUCUAUUGGAGACGAAUUGUUGCUGAGUGCACCAGCUGGUGAUUUCAAAUUGGACGAAAAACUGAAGAAUCAAAAUGAGAUUCCACUAGUGCUAUUGGCAGCUGGUGUUGGUGCAACACCAUUGUUGGCUAUGUUAGAAGAACAAGUUACUGUGAAUUCUAAGAGACCUAUUAUCUGGAUCCAAUCAUCCUUUGAUGAGUCUUCUCUAGCUUUCAAGAAGCACGUUGAUGAAGCCCUACAGAAAGCAUCUAAUAGUAAGAAGAUUGUUGUGUACACUGAAUCACAAUCCCGUAUAGAUGAUAAAUUCUUAAAGGAAAACGUUCCAGCAGGUGCUGAUGUAUACAUCUGUGGUUCUUUCAAUUUCAUGCAAUCCAUGAUUGAUCAUUUUGCAGUUCUAAAGCAUCAACAGGAUGCUAUUCAUUAUGAGCCAUUCGGACCAAAGAUGGCGACUGUUAAAGUGUAA